CAACAUACGCAGAAGCAACUGAGUGCUAUUUUUAAUAUGAUGCGUUUUCCACUCACAAAACCUUCUAUUCUUUAAUGUAACCGUCCGCUGUGAUCCAGAAGGGUUUUAAACAGAAGUGCAUGUUGAGUUUUAGCCUUAUUUCCUAGAUGUAAACUGCAGCAAGUUGUGAAACACGCAGCUGGUGUUGUUGUUGGGUAAAGGUGGGAGGAGCAGUAAAAUCAUAACAGCAGAUCUACAAACGCUCUGCGCAGACCCGCUCCUCUACGCAGCAUGCUACGCAGUGAGGGAGCUGCUUGGAAGUCAGUGGCGUUCCUCGCCUCACCCGACCCUCCGCUCACUUGUCCUCUAGGAUACAUGUUUCAAGCUUCCCCACCAGCCGUAGCGUCGACAUGCACAGAGUCGUUUCAUAGUUGCAGGGUCGGUCGUGCAGGGUGUCCGUAUGGCCGGAGCUUGCUGCAAGUGUAACUUCUCUCUGUCCGUGUUCAAGCGCUCUCUGUCGGUGGCGCCGCGUGGCUGCGGGUCCGCUCCUCGGUCCCUCCUCUCGUGCUGGAGACUGGGGGAGCGGGCCCUGCAGGAGGCCGCCCGACCCUCCAGCGCCCUCAGACCCGCAUGUUUUUACCGACACUCGACCUUCUCCUGUCUCUCUUGCCAGGAAUCCAUGAGUGAGAGUCUGCGGACCUGCUAUCUGUAUCUGAACCAAACCAGUCGCAGUUUUGCAGCUGUCAUUCAAGCGCUGGACGGGGAGUUGAGGCAUGCAGUUUGUAUUUUCUACCUGGUGCUGCGAGCGCUGGACACGGUGGAGGACGACAUGACGAUUCCUAUGGACAAGAAGGUCCCCAUGCUGAAUGAUUUCCACACCUUCCUGUACCAGGAUGAGUGGCGCUUCACCGAGAGCCAGGAGAAAGACCGACAGGUUCUGGCAGAUUUCCCCACGAUAUCAGUGGAGUUCAGAAACCUCGCUAAGGAAUACCGAGACGUCAUCUCAGAUAUCUGCCACCGUAUGGGAGUAGGAAUGGCUGAGUUCCUGGAAAAGAAAGUGGGAUCCAUGAAGGAGUGGGACCUGUAUUGCCAUUACGUGGCGGGGCUGGUUGGUAUCGGCCUGUCUCAGCUGUUCUCUGCGUCCCAGCUGGAGGACCCAGAGGUGGGGCGUGACACCGAGAUGGCUAACUCCAUGGGCCUGUUCCUCCAGAAGACGAACAUCAUCCGAGAUUAUCUGGAGGACAUUCAGGUGGGACGCGCCUUCUGGCCUCAAGAGGCUUGGAGUCAGUUUGCAGGUCGUCUGGAGGACUUUGCUCAGCCUGAGAAGCUGGACUCGGCUCUCUCCUGUCUCAACUUUCUGGUCACUGACGCUCUGCGACACGUCCCCGAUGUUAUCGCCUACCUGUCCCGCCUGCAAAACCAGAGCGUCUUCAACUUCUGCGCCAUUCCACAGGUGAUGGCAAUAGCUACUCUGUCGACUUGCUACAACAACCCCAUGUUGUUCCAGGGAGUGGUGAAGAUCAGGAAGGGGCAGGCGGUCACGCUCAUGAUGGAGGCCACCAACAUGAGAGCCGUGCAGACCAUCAUGGCCAAGUACAACCAGGAGAUUAUACAGAAGGUCUCCCACACGGACCCGACCCGGGACAAGACCCUGCGCAUCCUGGCUCUAAUCCGGGAGAAGUCGGCCGUGUCACAGAGCAACCUGACCUCCAGGACCGCCCACCUGUCGCCCAUGUACCUGUCUGCUGCCAUGCUGCUGGCCGCUCUCAGCUGGCAGUACCUCAGCACCACCGCAGCACAGGGCACCGGGGACAUGAAGGGACAGUGAACCCAUUGACCCUAACCUCACCGGGGCCCACAGACUCAGAAAGCCCCUUUUUUCCCACUCUGGAUGUCCAGUUCCUUUCUAUCUGGAAUCUGAAACACUGCCCUCCUUACUACAGCCUUCAGAGGAACAUGGACAUAUUUAAACUAUGGAGGGUUUCUGGUAGCAGGCUGGUCUCUUUAGGUUGUUUGACAGUGAUUUAUAGUAGUCCAUCCUGCAUCUGGAUACAUUAAUUACACAACAUGUUGUGUGUUUAUAUUCACCAGCAUAAAUCGCACAUUAAAACAAUUCAGGGUGUUUUCUUGUUUGUUUAUGUUGAUUCUGUUCUUUUUUUGUUUCAUUUGUAACAUGUUUACCCCUUGAAUAAAGUUAUUCAGCAUAUUUAACAUUUAAAGACAGAAGGUAGUAAUUUUUCCCAUUAAUUGGUAAAUGCAAAUUACAUGACACUGCCCUUUUCAAGGAUCUAAGAGAAGGCAGUCACUAAUUCCAUUAAGUUUUUGUUUGAUUCUGUGUCAACUCUUAUAUUUUUCAGGUCAAAUUUAAAGCUAGUUUAAUAUCCAUCUCACUAUGUUUCUUCAGGAGAAACACUCAAAGUAAAUAUAAGUUACAAUCCUGCACUUUCUAGUCAAUCUGUUGCAUCUGCAUCCUCCAACACUAUAACUUUAUUUCACUACUUAUAUGUCUUUGUGUUUCAUUUAUAUGGCUUUUGAAAUAGGAGGAAAAAAUAAACUAUUCCUAUGUAGUUUUUACAUGAACUUUUUAAAUGAAUGGGGGAGAACAAAUGUAAUUUCUGAUACAUUUCAUAUCUGAAAAAAAACCAUAUCAUGACUGCUAGCUAAAGUGUCCUUAACGCAGCUUUGGUGAGUAGAAAGGCUUGCACAGCGUUACCUUGUACAGAACCAAAUGAGAGCUACAAACAUUGCUCUGUAAUGUGACAUUUUGAUUUGUACAUAUAUGAGACAAAUAAAGAAGUUAAAUAAUCUAA